AUGACCUUCCACGUCUACUACCUUGUCUUCAGCAUCCUAGCGGCGCUGCUGUGCACCCCUGCCGCCUGCGACAUCGACUCAUUCAUCGACCAUAAGAAUGCUGCAAUACCUCUUCGUGAGCUUUCUGGCGUGUCUAGGAGGAAGUACCUACAAAACGAUAUGGCUCGAUUGGUUGCAGCGCCGUCUAAUGUAUCUCGCAUGGACAGCGACGAAGAAGACGAUGAGGACGAUGAUGAUGAUGAGGGCGACUAUCAUCAUGUAGAAGCUGAUGGCACUGGAUCUGCGACAAGCACCCGCAUCGCCGACAUUACGACCUCCAAACAGGUCGACAGCAAGGAUUCUGUGAAGCAAGAGCGUAAGCCUCUGCUGAUGGGCAGCCUGCCAACGCACACCGAGAAGUCUGAUGCUCCAGUUUGCGCUUUGGACGUCAUUAGCGACUUUUUAAAUAGGCUUUCUGAGAAGUUCCACAGCAGCAUGAACGAGUUUUUCGAGAACAUUGAUAAGCAGAUCAAGGCGAACAGCGAGCUUCCUUUAUUGGAGCAGGGUGACACCUUCUUCUGA